GUCUGGGGUCGGCGACGCUUUUGAGAAGCUGAGCGCUGGGGUCCCGCUGACUUACCGGCACGUUCCCGAGCGCCAUGGCCUCCGCCGGGGUGGCCGCCGGGCGACAGGCCGAGGAUGCGUUACCGCCGCCGGCCGAGCCGCCGCUGCCCGAGACGAAGCCGCUUCCGCCUUCGCAGCCGCCGCCUCCGGUCGCCGCGCCUCAGCCGCAGCAGUCGCCGGCGCCGAGGCCUCAGUCACCCGCCGGCGUGAAGGAGGAGGAGAAUUACUCCUUUUUACCUUUGGUUCACAACAUCAUCAAAUGUAUGGACAAGGACAGCCCAGACAUCCACCAGGACCUGAACGCCCUCAAAACCAAGUUCCAGGAGCUGCGGAAGGUCGUGAGCACCAUGCCGGGCACCCACCUGAGCCCUGAGCAGCAGGAGCGACAGCUGCACAGCCUUCGGGAGCAAGUCAGGACCAAGAACGAGCUUCUGCAAAAGUACAAGAGCCUCUGCAUGUUUGAGAUCCCCAAGGAGUAGUGGAGGCCGGCUUGCAGGGAUGCCUGAGACAGAACGGGGAGUGCGCAUGGCCUCCCUGAC